AAUGUAUAUCAUUAUCCUUAACGGAGGACCUGUCGCUUGUGCUGAGAAAAAAAAGCCACAAAAUAAGUAAGAUGAAAACAAUACAAUGGUGUUGGAGUCUUUACUAGAUUCUGAUACUUUUGUGAAACUCUGAGUUCGAGGUCUUUCCUUCGUCAUUAAAAAACAUUAGAAAGUAUUAAAGAAGUGGGGUUCUUGGCGGCCUCAGUUGGUGGAGAUGUGACUCUUGAUCUUAGGGUUGUGGGUUCAAGCCCCAUAUUAGGUGUAGAGGUUACUUGAAAAUCUUAAAAAAAAAAUACUAAAGAAGUGACAGGCUAACACUGAACUGAGACGGUCUCCUUAAUAUAAGGGAAACAUUGGAACAGGUCUGGUUUCUCACUGCGUCAUCUAGUGCUGACUGCAAGGGCAGCUUAAAAAACAUGUCACUGAGGAUGGCACCCAUUCUUUGAAAACUUUGCUUUCACUUAAUGCAUCAUUAUCUUGUUUCCUAGGCCUGAUUUGUAAAUGGCUGAUUUUGGCUUAACUCUUAUUAUUAUUUUUUUUAAAAAUUUUUAUUAUUUUUUACUGCUUAUUUACUUUUGAGAGAGACAGAGACAGAAUGCGAGUGAGUUAGGGGCAGAGAGAGAGGGGGAUACAGAUCUGAAGCAGGAUCCAGGCUCCGAGCUGUCAGCACAGAGCCCGAUGUGGGGCUCAAACUCAUGAAAUGUGAGAUAACCUGAGCUGAAGUCGGCUGCUCAACCGACUGAGCCACCCAGGCGCCCCGGCUUAACUCCUGUUAUUAUAGGAACAACACCAGUCCUCAAGGUCAAAAACCACAGUUACCCUUGAGUAAAUUUUAAAACAACUUACUAAAAAGACAGACUUAGGAUAUCAUAUUUAUUGGCCUGUUAGCUCCAAGGGCUAAAUAAUUUAUAUUCCAGAGUUAGUAAUGUAGAAUGAAAAUAGACUUUUCCCACCUCACCAUCCAGGAAGGGGGAGUCUGACAGCAGACUGGCUGAAUGUAGAGGAGUGUCUUAGUUAAAACUGUUUUGGGUGCAAGGAGCAGAAGAAACUCAUUGACACAAGCUCAAGGAAGAGGUUGCUAUAAGUCCCAGUGGGAUCUUAGAGUAGGAAUGUAGUGUUCAGGGGCUGAUGGAAACUGGAGAGCUGUCAGGAUCUAAGGCUUUUUUUCCAGAUUUUCAUCUUUAUUUUUAUCUGUGUGUGUUUAUUUUCAGCUUGGUUCUUCAGACUAGUUUUUUCCUCCUUACUCAUCAGUUUACCCAGGGCCCAACAUGUUGGCUUGGCCCACACCAAGAUGUGACCUCUUCCUGCAAGCUUAAGUUAAUCAGCACUGCCCUGCUCCCAAUCUUUUGAUAAAGUGACAUUUUAAAUUCUUUUAUAAAAGUUAUGUAAAUGAAGAGGCAAGAGAUAACUCCUUUUCUUCACUCUCCAUCAACCACUUUGCAUCCCCUAAGGCUCCUUCAAAAUGGAAAUUGUGACUGGUAAUGUCAGACUCAGAAUAUUUAUUGCCUUCCAAAUGUGGUUUCUCUAUAGCUUUCUGACUGGCUUUGUGACUCAGUGAUGCAGUUAUAGAUUACCAGGGAGAAACCUGAGUUACCCUUUGGUUAAAUAUCCACCUCAUUUGGUGUAGUUAUGAGCUCUAGAUAUGGUCAUCUAAUCAUCCCCCUGCAGCAGAGGUAGUGGAAAUCAUUUCCAGAGAAGUGGGCAUGGGCAGGUAGGGACUGAGGGAAAAGUUGAAUACCCUUCUAGUCCCGACUUCUGGUCUCAUCCAUUUAUGGGCCGAUCCUCAGACCUGGGGUCUCAUCAAGGAUUUUUUAUUUUUUAAUAUUUAUUUAUUUUUUGGAGAGUGCAAGCAGGGGAGGGGCAGAGAGAGGGGGACAGAGGAUCCGAAGUGGGCUCUGCCCUGACAGGCUGACAGCAGCGAGCCUGAUACGGGGCUCGAAAACCUCUAGAUCCUGACCUGAGCUGAAGUUGGAUGCUCAACCUACUGAGCACCCAGGUGCCCCUCGUCAAGGACAUUUAAUUACUGUUGGAGAAGGCUUCAGGGUAUGCCCUAUGAACCUAGAGUCUUGCAGGAAUGAGUCAGAAGUGAUUUGGAACUGACUCAGAAAGAGAUCAGCAUCAAGUUUUUAGGAAGAGAAAGUGUCCUUUAUUGAGGUGAAAUGUCUCUUGUCAGGUAUUCUGUGAGGACAAAUGGUGGCAUAUUGGCUGAGCUAUUUAAGAAAACUGGUGUUAGAUAUUUGGGUAUUCAGGCCAAGAUUGUAUGCAUUUAUUUAUUUAUUUAGUUAGUUAGUUCUUUAGUCUCUCCAUCUGAGUGUUUGAUCAGAGGCCUGAAAGUUUUUGAUCUUCCUUUCUAGAUUCCCUGCAGAGUAAAGCUGCUUUUUUUUAAGUGUAUUUAUUUAUUUUGAGAGGGAGAGAGCACACGAUCAGGGGAGGGGCAGAGAGGAGGAGAGAGAGAAUCCCAAGCAGCUAUCAGCGUGGAGCCCAUUGCGGGGUUCAAACUCACGAACUGUGAGAUCAUGACCUGAGCCAAAACCAAGAGUUGGACGCCCAACCAACUGAGCCACCCAUGUGCCCCCAGAGUAUAAAGCUUCUUAAUUUUUUCACCUAAGAAUUCUUGGUGCUCAUCAGUGUUACAUGGAUUGAAGAAGGUCUGAAGAGAAGAAACUCGUGUUCAUGUGACUGUUUUCAGUUUUAGUAAAGUAUUCAUUGAAGAAAAAUUGAAUUUAUUAGGUAAAAUGAUAGUCUAUUUCUGUUACUUGGGAAACUCUGGGCCACCAGGGCCAUAGAUUAUUUUGAGUUGUUUAUGCUUUCUUUGUCCCUAUGCUGAUUUGGGACCUUGAUGGACGGAGAGGUACUAUUAGAGGUAGUAGAUUGCGAACUGGCCUCUGUUCAGUCAUCUUUCUAUAUUUAGAAUUGACAGCUACCACCCUGUUUCCCACUUGUAACACUUCUCACUUUCCUUUUAUAUACAUAUAUACACACACACACGCGCACACACAUUUUAUUAAUAUGCUAUAUUUGUUAGAGCAGUUUUAGGGUUGUAGAAAAAUGAGUGAAAAAGUAGAGUUCCUGUAUAUCCCCACACUCCCACCUCUACCCUCAGUUUCCCCUGUUGUUAAUAUCUUGAUUCAGUGUGGUACUUUGUUUCAGUUGCUGAGCCAAUAUGAUAGCUUAUUAUUCUUUUUUAAAGAUUAUUUAUUCUGAGAGAGAAAGAGUGCAAGCAGGGAGGAGCAGAGAGACGGAGAGACAGAAUUGCAAACAGGCUCUGCCCUGUCAGUGCAGAGCCCAAUGCAGGGCUCAAACUUAGGAACUGUGAGAUCAUGACCUGAGCUGAGAUGAAGUGUCAGAUGCUUAACUGACUGAACUAUCCAGGUGCCCCAAUAUAUUGGAUAGUUUAUUUUUAACUCAUGUUUAUGGUUUUCUAAUUUACAUUAGGGUUCAUUCUUUGUGUCGUACCUUCUGUGGGUUUUGACAAAAGUAUGAUGACCUAUAUCCAUCAUUAUGGUAUCAUAUAGAAUGGUUUCCCUGCCUUAAAAAUCCCCUGUGCUCCACCCAUUCAUCUCUCCCCCAGCCUCUGGCAACCAUUGAUUGUUUCACUGUCUCUAUAAUUUUUGCCUUCUUUAGAAUGCCUUAUAGUUGGAAUCAUAUAGUAUGUAGCCUUGUCAGAUUGGCUUUUUUUUUUUUAAUUUUUUUUCAAGUUUUAUUUAUUUUUGAGAGAGAGAGGGAGACACAGAAUCUGAAGCAGGCUCCAGGCUGUGAGCUGUCAGCACAGAGCCCAAUGCGGGGCUCGAACUCACAGACUGUGAGACCAUGACCUGAGCUGAAGUCAGACGCUUAACUGAUGAAGCCACCCAGGCGCCCCUCAGAUUGGCUUCUUUCACUUAGCAAUAUGCAUUUUGAAGAUCCUUCUUGUUUUUUUGUGCCUUGAUAGCUCAUUUCUUUUUAUUGCUGGAUAAUAUUCCAUUGUAUGGAUGUACCACAUUUUGAUUAUCCAUUGGCCCAUUGAAGGACAUCUUGGCUGCUUCCAAGACUUGGUAGUUAUGAAUCAAGCUGCCAUAAACAUUUGUGUGCAGGCUUUUGUGUGGAGAUUAUCUUGAUAAUGGUAAUAAUAAAAUGGCAAUUCAGCAAGCAGAUAAAUUGUUGAAGAAACAUAAGGAUCUUCAUUGUGCUAAGGUUUUAAAGGCAAUUGGUCUACAGAGAACUGGAAAGCAAGAGGAAGCCUUCACCUUGGCACAGGAGGUGGCGGCCCUUGAACCCACAGAUGACAACUCGCUGCAGGCACUGACUAUUCUCUAUCGGGAGAUGCAUCGACCGGAGUUAGUUACAAAACUUUAUGAGGCAGCUGUGAAGAAAGUUCCCAAUAGUGAGGAGUAUCACUCUCACCUCUUCAUGGCUUAUGCCAGAGUGGGCGAAUACAAGAAAAUGCAACAGGCUGGCAUGGCUCUAUAUAAGAUUGUCCCCAAAAACCCUUACUACUUUUGGUCUGUGAUGAGCUUAAUUAUGCAAUCUAUAUCGGCACAGGAUGAAAACCUCUCAAAAACGAUGUUUCUGCCCCUCGCUGAGAGAAUGGUAGAAAAAAUGGUGAAAGAGGACAAGAUAGAAGCUGAAGCUGAAGUUGAACUUUAUUAUAUGAUCCUGGAACGUUUGGGAAAGUACCAGGAAGCCUUAGAUGUUAUCAGAGGAAAAUUAGGAGAGAAGUUGACAAGUGAGAUUCAGAGUCGGGAAAAUAAAUGCAUGGCUAUGUACAAGAAGCUGAGCAGGUGGCCAGAGUGUAAUGCCCUUUCCAGGCGCCUCUUACUGAAAAACUCAGAUGAUUGGCAGUUCUAUCUGACUUAUUUCGAUUCUGUGUUUCGACUGAUUGAAGAGGCCUGGACUCCUCCUGCUGAAGGUGAACACUCUUUAGAAGGAGAAGUCCAUUAUUCUGCAGAAGAAGCUGUGAAAUUUAUAGAAGAUCGGAUAACAGAAGAAUCUAAAAGUUCCCGCCAUCUCCGAGGACCACAUCUUGCUAAACUGGAACUGAUUAGACGUUUAAGACGUCAAGGUUUUAAUGAUGAGUACAAACUAGGUGAUCCAGAAGAAUUAAUGUUCCAGUAUUUUAAAAAGUUUGGGGAUAAGCCUUGCUGUUUUACAGACCUCAAGGUGUUUGUUGACCUCUUGCCUGCUACACAGUGUACAAAAUUUAUUAAUCAAUUACUUGGAGUUGUUCCUUUGUCGACACCAACAGAGGAUAAGUUGGCACUGCCUGCCGACAUCAGAGCUCUGCAGCAACAUUUAUGUGUGGUGCAGCUGACGAGGUUACUUGGCUUGUACCACACUCUGGAUAAAAAUCAGAAACAGAGUGUGGUCAGAGAAUUGAUGUUAAGGUACCAGCAUGGACUGGAAUUUGGGAAAUCCUGUUUGAAAACCGAAUUGCAGUUUUCAGACUAUUACUGUCUCCUUGCUGUCCAUGUGCUUAUUGAUAUAUGGAGAGAAACAGGUGAUGAGACUGCUGUGUGGCAGGCCCUGACUUUGCUGGAAGAGGGAUUAAUCCACAGCCCUUCCAACGCUCAAUUCAAAUUGCUGCUUGUUCGAAUCUACUGUGUACUGGGUGCAUUUGAACCAGUGGUGGAUCUGUACUCCAGCCUUGAUGCUAAGCAUAUCCAGCAUGACACCAUUGGCUAUCUUUUGACCCGAUAUGCCGAGUCCCUAGGUCAGUAUGCUGCUGCAUCCCAAUCCUGUAACUUCGCGCUCAGGUUUUUCCACUCCAACCAGAAAGAUACCUCAGAAUAUAUUAUUCAAGCUUACAAAUAUGGUGCAUUUGAGAAGAUCCCAGAGUUUAUCGCUUUUAGGAACAGGCUGAAUAAUUCUCUUCAUUUUGCACAAGUCCGUACUGAACGGAUGUUGUUAGACCUUCUACUUGAAGCAAAUAUAUCAACCAGUUUAGCAGAAAGUAUAAAAUCAAUGAAUCUUCGGCCAGAAGAAGAUGACAUUCCAUGGGAAGCCUUGCGAGACAACAGGGACUUAAAUGUUUUCUUCAGCUGGGAUCCAAAAGAUAGGGAUGUUUCUGAAGAACAUAAGAAACUUUCCUUGGAGGAGGAGACCAUGUGGUUAAGAAUCCGUUCCUUAACAUUGAGGCUGAUCAGUGGACUUCCAAGUCUUAAUCAUCCUGUGGAGCCAAGGAACUCAGAAAAGACCACUGAAAAUGGCGUGUCCUCCCGGAUUGAUAUUUUUCGUUUACUCCUUCAACAGCUGGAGUUGGCUAUGGAGACAGGAAAGCGAUUUAUUGAGAAAGAAAUUCAGUAUCCUUUCCUUGGUCCUGUACCCACCAGAAUGGGUGGAUUCUUCAGUUCUGGCUGUUCUCAGUGUCAGACCAGUUCUUUUUAUCUUGUUAGUGAUAUUUAUGAGCUGGACACCAGUGGUUUAGAGGAUACAGUGGAGAUCCAGGAGCGAGUAGAGAAUAGUCUUAAGACUUUACUAGAACAAUUAAAAGAUGUCUUCAGUAAAUGUAAAGGUGACCUCUUAGAAGUUAAAGAUGGUAACUUGAAAACGCAUCCUGCUCUUUUAGAGAAUCUAGUCUUCUUUGUUGAGACUAUUUCUAUUAUCCUUUGGGUGUCCAGUUACUGUGAGAGUGUCUUGCGACCAUACAAAUUAAAUCUACAGAAAAAGAAAAAGAAGAAAAAAGAAACCAGCAUCAUCAUGCCACCAAUCUUUACCAGUUUCCAAGACUACGUUACUGGGCUUCAGACUUUAAUUUCCAAUGUUGUGGAUCACAUUAAAGGGCUUGAAACACAUCUAAUUGCACUUAAACUUGAAGAACUUAUUUUAGAAGAUACUUCUCUCUCGCUGGAAGAGAGAAAAUUUUCAAAGACUGUGCAAGGGAAGGUGCAAAGCAGUUAUCUACACUCACUGCUGGAAAUUGGUGAGCUGCUGAAGAAAAGACUGGAGACCACAAAGAAACUAAAAAUUUAAGCAAGUGUGAACCACAGGCAUCAAUGACUCUGCAGCAGAAAAUGACAUCAUCUUCCCAGGCAAAAGCGACAUCUGGUUGACCAUCAUUUUAAUCCAGAACUUCCUCAUAAAAUGCAUGAAGGACUUUGAUUGUGAAUUAAUUUUUUAGGUAUUAAAUGUAUACAACUGAUUAAAUUAUUGUAUAUAAACCGGAAGCAGGACCCUUAUCUGGGUUUGACCACUUUUUAUACAUGUUCAUAUGCAUAUGGCAGCCACAAGAGAACCCCACUUUUCUUCUUUCCUUCCAUCGCCAGAAACAUCUGGUGGGGGGGGGGGUGUCCUAUAAAAGCAGCAAUAGAAAUUAAGCAUAAAGCAUUGACCUCAGAGCAGCUGAAUGGCCCUACCAUUAUAGCAGUGGGUGUUUGGUCUGGUUCUUGAGCCUUAGGAAGCAGAAAGCAGUGGAGGGGGACCAUGGCUGGGAGCAGGCCCUCUUUCCUUUCCACAUUAGUUUAGUUUUGAGGUUUCCUCAGCUGCUUUGCUCCCACAGAAUCCAAAGCACGUACCCAAAGGGCCUCAGAUGAAAUUUGGCAUAGGCACCUGUCAGUGAAGGGUGCCCCUCAGAAGACCACAGGCACUCAAGUGUUUGGCUUAAUAGUCUAAUAGCCAAGACAUCCCCAUCCUAGCUCCUGUGAGAGUUAAAUCACAAAUAGGCUUGUGUUAACUUAUGGCUGUACGGAGGGGAAAGCAGUGCAGGCCACUUACGGUCCUGCUGAGUACUAGCUUGCUGUCUUUCAUCCAUCUUUGGGAAAGAUGGGAAUCACUGUUUUAAAGAAGAGAGGUGUACAUAAUUUAUGCAGGCGAGUCUAAUACCAGUGUCAUUGGUUUUGUGAGAUAUAUAUAUAUGUAUAUGCUUUUACAUAUAUAUUUUCAAGCAUAUAUAUAUAUAUAUAUAUAUAUAUGCUUGAAAAUAAAGAUUUAAUACUUUAGUGUUUUUUAAGUGGGGAGUUUGGGGAGGACGGAAGGAAGGAAUGUAUAUUAUGGACUUAAUCUAGGUUUUAAGUUUUAGGCUGGCAAAAGAAAUGUUAUCCAUUGGGUUUGACUUUCAGUCUGCUUUCUUCAAACUUGAGAAUUGCACCAGGGUGGUGUUUACAUUGUACACCUGGAGCUCCCCAAGACUGUAGCUUCAGAGGUCGGUCUGACAGAAAGGAUAAACAUUGCUCUUGAAAAUGUUAUACAGUUUAUACAAUUACUUUGAUAAGUUUUUGUGUUUGAAUCUGUGCUUCUGUUUUUGGUCUUUGUUACUCAAAUACCAUUAAGUUAAUAAUUCUGUAAGAGCAAAGACAUGAGUUUGAUGAGGAAAUUCAAGCAUCUGAUGGAGGACUGAUUGGUCUUGACGACCUUACAGGUCAUUUCCAAUGCUUCUCCAGUGAAACGUGAUACUUUUUUUCUUUUAAAAGCAACAAAAGAGAGCUCAGAAAAUCUCUGUAUGCAAAACAAUUGUAUUUUGUCCCCUCAUCUUGACUUUCUUAGAUUCACAAUUUGAUAGGAUGAUAAAUAGCUGUUUAAACUUCCAAGGAAAUUUUUUAGAAAAUUACAAAAUUAUCUGUUCAAAAUAAGACUUGCUGGAAAUCCUAGUCCAUCAAGUAGUUUCAAGAAGUUAUUUUUUGAUCUAAGUUGGUAUCCACAGCCGUCAUACCCCAUCCCAAAAGGAAGAACUGCCUUGAACAAGAUGAACUGAAAGUUCUAAUUGAUUCCAAAUCUAAUUUAAGGACAACAUAUCAUAAUUUUGUAAAACUAUUGCCUAUUUAGAUGGAACUUGGUGUGUGUAUGGGGGUGGGGGAUGUGUGUAUGACAUGUGUUCUUGAAAUGAUGCUUCUUUGAAUAUCCAAAAAUACUGUACAUAGAAAUAGAAAUGCUCUAUGAAACAAGUCUAUUAACUGACCAUGGUCAAUCUAGCAUAUGUGUGCUCAGUGAGCUGGCUUUGGUCCUCAGGGACAGUGCUUGACUCCAGUGGUCUACCUAACUAGUCUUUUGCCUAGGGGCACCUGGGACCUCUACUGGUUUUAGUGACAAAUAAUGUUACGUCGAGGUUAUGCUUCUUUUGUUACUUGCUGAUUUUCCUACUAAAUGUAGCAUUUCAAUUAGAUCCAACCUCUUACAUUUUGAGAUAAUUGUAAAAAGAAUGAAAUUAUGCAGAAAUGGCCAAUAUCUUUUAUUGAUCUGUUCUUUUGGAAACUGUUAUGCACUAUAAAUUGUGUACAGUUAAAAAAAAAAAUAUAUAUAUAUAUAUAUUCUUACAUGAGUAAAAAGCACCCUCUCCAGCAAUUGUAUGUCAUUGGUAUUUGAAGAGAAUUCCCAAAUAACCCAUUGCUGCUGCUGCUGUUUUUGGUUUGUGUGGGUUUUUUUUUGUUGUUGUUGUGUUUGUUUUUGUGUGGUAAAUUGAUAUUUAAAAAAAAGAAAAAACACGACUACUGUUUACAGACUGAAAAAUUACUGCUUUUUAUACUACUGAGAUCCUAAGUUAAGACUCUCCAAAGCAAACAUUUGGUUUAAAUCAUUUAUCUGAUGUGGAUAAAACAUAGAGAAAUCUUUAGUGUCCUCCACAUAAUGGAAAAUGUACAAAUGCGUAGCUGUGUUGCCCAUCAUUUUUGUAUAUUUUCAUAAUUUUAAUUGUUCAAAAUUGCAUUAUAUUUUGCAAUCACUAUGUUCAACCUGGAUUUGUCUUUCAUUUAAACUUUUAAUAUAAAAAGGGGUUUCAAUGUA